GACUUCACGCCCGCGCAACUCCGCGCGUUCGACGGCCGCGACGACGACACGCCGGUCUACGUGGCGCUCCGCGGCGAGGUCUUCGACGUGUCCGCCGCGCGCCACUUCUACGGGCCCGGCGGCGGCUACGAGAUGUUCCGCGGCCGCGACGCGAGCCGGUGCCUCGCGAAGAUGUCGCUCGAGGAGGCCGACCUCGACGGCCCCCCCGAGGACGUCGACCGCGGCUGGCCGGACCUCGACGACCUCGACGCCAAGGACACGAAGAUCCUCGACGACUGGGUCGCGCUCUUCAAGCGCAAGUACCCCGUCGUGGCCACGCUC